AUGGAUACAAAUUUAAAUCGAUCCGAUGAUUAUCAAGGAUUUUGUGGAUUGGACUCAUGGGGACCAUGGAAAAAUUACGAUUUUACAAACUGCUUCCGAGAAGCAGUUAUUGAUGCGGGAAUACCGUUAUUGUACACUAUCGGGUCAAAAUGUAUUCUUAUACUAGCUUAUGUUAAAUAUAAGCGUCAAAAAAGUCCGAUUUACGAGCCUUUGAUUUCUGGGCAAACCAAUUCAUCUUAUGGUUCGAUUGGAUCGGUUGAUUCAGAAGAGACAAGUAUUACAAAUGAUGCCGAUUCGGAAUCAACACUUUUAACAAAUGAAUUUCCAAAAAAUAAAAUGUUCGACUGGUGCCGAUUAUUAUUUGGAAUGUCUAUGUUUACGUUAUUUUGUUUCUUUGUGAUUUUCCGAUGGCGUGAAUAUGAUGAAAAUAAACAAGGGCUUUAUUUGAUAACUUCUCCAAUUAUUGAAGGAUUGAUUUGGUCGUAUGCAUCUUUGCUAGCCUAUAUAAAUCUCAAAUCUCAGUAUCGUAAUCAAUUUUAUUUACGCAAACAUCUAGACAUCCUUUAUUUUAUCACUUUCGGUCGAUAUUUAUCGCCUGAAGUAAAAUGCUCUUUAUAUGACCAAUUUAUGUUUUCAUGGAUAAAUCCUUUAUUAACAAAAGGAUUUCGAAAAACCCUAAAUGAAAAGGAUGUUUAUGAAAUGCCCAAUUUUGUUCGAGCAUCAAAUGUUUUAAAAGAUUUUCGUCUUCAUAGAAAACAAUCUUUCCUUAGAUCUAUGUUAUACACCUUCAGAAAAGAGCUUUGUGUUCAAUUCUUUUACUCCAUUAGUUGGUCGGUUCUUACCACAUUUGCACCUCCAUUUUUUCUACGUAAAAUCUUGCUCUUUGUACAAAAUUACCCUAAUAAUGGAGAUGAAACCCAAGUUACGGCUUAUCUUUAUGUUAUAGGAUUAUUUCUUGGCUCUGUCGUACCAAGUUUAUGUUUUCAACAAGCAUUGUUUAUUGGUCGGCAAUUAGGAAUUAAAACUCAGGCAAUAAUAAUUGGUGAAAUUUAUUCAAAAUCUCUCUCCAGGAAAGAUACAACCGGGGUAAUAGAUGAUGAAGAAACGAAGGAUAAAACUGGAAAAAUUACCAAUUUAAUGUCCGUUGAUGCGACUAAAGUAUCAGAAGUUAUAGCUUAUCUAUUUUAUAUAUAUUGUUUUCCUUUGCAGAUUAUAAUAUCUAUAUUAUUAUUAUAUUUACUACUUGGAGUCAGCGCCCUUAUGGGCGUAUUGACCAUUAUUAUUACUUAUCCACUCCCUGCCUUAAUAAAUCAACGUUUCGAAACUAUUCAUAAGCGUCUGAUGAAGGCAACAGACAAACGCAUGGGUUUGAUGAAUGAGCUACUUCAAGCAAUUAGAAUAAUCAAAUUUUUUGCUUGGGAAGAUCAAUUCUACAAAAAAAUUAUUGGUGCGCGUGAAAAUGAACUCAAAGAAGUUAAAUCACGUUUGAUGCAAUGGGUUUAUAUGGGAAAUGUUUGGAUGUGUCUGCCACUCUUUAUUAUGCUUUCAGUUUUUUGGACUUAUACAAAAUUGUUUGGUAAUGAAUUAACGGCAACUGUAGCGUUUACAGCUCUUGCCCUCUUUAACAACCUUCGUCAUGCUCUUGACGAAGGACCUUCAACGAUUGUUGCCAUUAUUCAAGCUCGCGUUUCCAUAGAACGUGUUGAAAAAUUCCUUAUUGAACCCGAACUUAAGCGUAUGAAUAGUCAACCAAAUAGUAAUGAUCCUAAAAUCGGAUUUAAAAGUGCAUCAUUUCAAUGGUUCGAUGGUACUGCUUCAACAACCAAUGACUCUAGUGUUAAUAGCAACCAAAAUUCCGUUAAUAAAUUUACCUUGUUUGAUAUGAAUAUCGAAUUUCCCGUUGGUGAGCUUUCGAUAAUUUGCGGACCUACUGGAAGUGGAAAAACAAGUUUAUUGAUGGCUUUACUAGGGGAACUGGAAUGCAUAAGUGGUCAAGUAUUUUUGCCCAGAGAAGUUUCAUCCAAGGAUAUGGGAGGUGCCCCUAGUGGAAUAGCUUAUGUGGCACAAACAGCAUGGCUUCAAAAUGCUACAAUUAAGGACAACAUUCUAUUUGGUCUUCCUUUCGACGAGGAUCGUUAUAAUAAAGUAUUGAAUACGUGUGCGCUAAAUAAGGAUUUGGAGAUAUUUGAAUUUGGAGAUAAAACUGAAAUAGGAGAGAAAGGAAUUACUCUCUCUGGUGGUCAGAAACAGCGCAUUGCAUUAGCUAGAGCUGUUUAUUCUCAAGCAAAAAUUAUCAUCAUGGAUGAUUGUUUAUCAGCCGUUGAUUCUCAUACGGCAAAACAUAUAUAUGAAAAGUGUUUAUUGGGAGAUAUUAUGGAAGGUCGAACGCGUAUUUUAGUCACACACCACGUAGGACUUUGUCUUCGUGGUUCCUCCAAAGUUGUUGUGAUGAAAAAUGGUCGCAUAAUUGGUCAAGGGACUCCGAGUGAAGUAUUAUCUAAAGGAAUAUUGGAAGAAAUUUCUUUGGAAGAAAGGGAGGAACAAAAAAAUACAGAUAUAUCCGAAGAGUUAAAGUCUUCAAAACCCCAGAAAACAAUCGGAGAAGGUGAUGGUAAAUUAAUGACUGAAGAAGAAAAGGCCGAGGGUGUUGUCGAUUGGAAGAUAUACAAGAUUUAUUUUAAAUCCUCAGAUUGGUGGAUUAGAGAAUGGACUAAUGCUUAUAGUGUUAUUCACGAUCAAAUUUAUAAUGUUGCGUCUGCAUUAUCAUCCAUAAUUACCUCUUGGUCUUUUACAUUCACUAGUCAAAAUAUUUAUAAUAUUUUGUCCAUUUACCCAUCAUCAAAUAUUUCUCCGUCUUCAACUGAUAAUGCAUUCUCACAGCCAACUAUAAAUUUAGAACAAAGAAAAAAUGGAGUUAAUGUAGAUUAUUAUCUUGGUAUCUAUAUUCUUAUAGGAUUGUUAACAACGUUAUUAGGAUCAUUAAGAACUUAUUGGAUGUUUAUGGGUUCAUUGGUUGCUUCAAGAAAAUUACAUUCUGCAAUUUUGGAUAAGGUGUUGAAAGCAAAAUUAAGAUUUUUUGAUACAACACCCAUUGGACGCAUAUUGAAUCGAUUUUCCAAAGAUAUGGAAGUAAUUGAUCAAACUUUGUCACCUAUGGCACUGUUCCUCAUUUACUCUUGUGUAGCAACUGCUUCAGUCAUAUUUGCUAUUUCUACAGUGAUGCCUCAAUUCUUGAUAGCCGGUAUUUUCAUUACUGCCUUGUAUGUAUUUAUUGGAGCAUAUUAUCUUGCAACGUCAAGAGACCUUAAACGUAUUGAGUCAGUUACACGAUCCCCUAUAUAUGCAUCAUUUGGAGAGACGAUCGUUGGUGUCUCAACCAUAAGAGCGUUUGGCGCAGAGAAUAAAUUAAUGAAAAAAAUGCUUUCCCUUGUGGAUGGAAAUAAUCGGCCAUUCAUAUAUAAUUGGGCAUGUAAUCGAUGGCUUCACACACGCGUGGAUUUGGCGGGAGGAUUAGUUAGUUUUGCUACUGGAAUCAUUAUUAUAUAUCAAAUAUCUAAAGGGAUGGAUCCAGGACUAGCGGGUUUUGCGCUUGCUUAUGCAUUAAAUUUUACCGGCCACAUAAUCUGGGUACUGAGAAUGUACGCUAUGCAAGAGAUGAAUAUGAAUUCUGUCUAUGAAUAUAUGAAUUUGAUGGAAGAACCUGCGAGAAUAAUCGAGGGUUUUCGUCCACCUCCUGAAUGGCCUUUCCGAGGGGAAAUCAAAGUGAAUAAUCUUAUAAUGCAAUACGCACCAGACAAUCCACCAGUGUUGAAAGAUGUGUCAUUUCAGAUUAAACCAUCAGAGAAAGUUGGAAUAGUUGGAAGGACAGGAUCUGGCAAAUCAACAUUGGCCGUAUCAUUUUUUAGAUUUAUGGAACCUACAUCUGGACAAAUUGUCAUUGACGGGGUUGAUAUUUCAACGAUUGGUCUUUUUGAUCUAAGAAGUAGAUUGACUAUAAUUCCUCAAGAUCCAGUAUUAUUUAGUGGUACCUUAAGGAGUAAUCUUGAUCCUUUCGGUGUGCACAAUGAUGUUGAUUUAUGGAAUGCGAUUAGGAGAGCGCAUUUAAUUGACGAGGAUAAAUCACCAUCAUCACAAUCGACUUCUAGAACGGUAACACCAGAGAUUAUUGAAGAUAAAGAUGAGGACAAUACAAAUGAACCAAAAAAUCAAUUUAAUUGGAGUCUUGAUGCACUUGUAAAUGAAAAUGGAAGUAAUUUUUCGCAAGGUCAAAGGCAACUUAUUGCAUUGGCUAGGGCUCUAGCACGUAGGUCAAAGGUAAUCAUUAUGGAUGAAGCGACGGCUAGUGUAGAUUUUAAAACCGAUAAAAUGAUUCAAGAAACUAUUAGAACAGAAUUUAAAGAUUCCACUUUAUUAUGUAUUGCUCAUCGAUUAAGAACUGUUGUUGACUAUGAUAAGAUUUUGGUUUUAGAUGGUGGAAGAGUUGUUGAAUUCGACCAUCCUUAUUCAUUAAUACGAGAUUCCGAUUCAUUAUUUAGAUCUAUGUGUGAAAGAAGUGGGGAAUUUACCGAAUUAAUUGAAGUUGCUAAAGCGAAAUAUGAUUCGGAUCAUGUUUAA